CCAGAUUCCCCCUGCGAGGGGACGAUGCAAAGGUAGAAGCACCUUGCUUCUCAGCAUCUGAACUUGGAAGGGGCUGCGGCUGCCAUCUGAGGCCACCGGUUCCCUAGCCAGAGGACCGGCCGGCCGCUCUCCAUGGUACUGCGGAGAGCUCAGCUCCGCCCUUCUCUUUCAGAAGGACAGCACCCGGCGUCACGUAACCCAGCCUUCUCGGGCUUCACCACCGCCUCUUCCUUCCCCUUUUCCCUCUCCUCCUCCUCCUGCUCCCCCUGCUGCUCCCCUCCGUUGCAUGUUCUUCCCUUCCGCACUCUUGGAGAUAGACGCUCAAGCCUGACGCCUCGGAAAAAGGCAGCAGCAGUCGCCUUAUCCUUAGACCUCAGGAAAUUCGCUUUGACCGAUGCAUGCUUCAAGCUCUGGCUGGAGCUAAGGGGAAUAACCAGGCAGAUUUCUGGGUCCUUAUAAAAAGACAAUAAAAUCAAAAUGCAUCAGCAACAUACAACCAAUUGACAUGCAAGCAUCUUAGUGUGGCCUUGCAGAGGGAGAAAAUCGGAGAGCUGUUGGGAUUUGAUUUCACCAUCUAACAGCUUCUGGCUGUUUCACAACAGGGUUUGAGUCUUACUGACAGGGCUGGUCAACAUAAAGUGAAAUCAGCCCGGGAAGGCAUGCACAAGAAAUCUGUUCUUGACUUCAGUGGUGCUGGAAGCCCGUGAUAUUGCAGAAGAAGCAGGCCUCUGAAGCUGUUCUGGUGUCCCUCGUGUUCGUUCUUCCUUUGUUCUUGGGGCCAACAUCUGGAGGGUCCUCAAGGCUUCUCAAGAGCCAAAGAUACUGGCGCAUUGUUGGCUUCCCAUCAGUCCCUGAGAAGUACGAGUUGCCUCCUGACUCUCUUUCCUUCUGCGGGCACCAGCGGUGAUACCUCGCAGGUGUUGUUCCUGGAAGAGUGAAGUGUUUGUUGGAGCUACAGAUGCUCUUACUUGACAUCAUUGGAUGCAAAUGGAUCAGUGAUCUUUGAGCCUCGGUGGCCAUCAUUUCCAGAAGGUUGCCUCCAAAGUGCCUCCUCCCUUUGGCCUGGAAGUUCUGUGGCUACCCUGUACCACUGGGGUCUCUGCUUUCCAGUUGGAAGGGGACUACUGGGAGCGAGGAAGGGGCUGCUGGAAGAGAAGAAGAAGAAAAAAAGAGCUAAAGGAGGGUGCGCCCCUCCCACGCCCACCUGCCCCCUCCCUCCCACUCCUCUACGGACCCCCAUUUCUCCGUGACGGUGUCCAGGACCGUUUCGACCCUGUCGCCCCCGGCUCCCCCCCGCCGCACCCCAGCCCCGAGCAUGGGGUCGGCGCUGGUCCAGCGCGGGGGCUGCUUUCUCCUAUGCCUGUCGCUGCUGCUGCUGGGCUGCUGGGCCGAGCUGGGCAGCGGGCUGGAGUUCCCGGGUGCCGAGGGUCAGUGGACGCGCUUCCCCAAGUGGAACGCCUGCUGCGAGAGCGAGAUGAGCUUCCAGCUGAAGACGCGCAGCGCCCGCGGCCUCGUGCUCUACUUCGACGACGAGGGCUUCUGCGACUUCCUGGAGCUCAUCCUGACCCGCGGCGGGCGCCUGCAGCUCAGCUUCUCCAUCUUCUGCGCCGAGCCGGCCACGCUGCUGGCGGACACGCCGGUCAACGACGGGGCGUGGCACAGCGUGCGCAUCCGCCGCCAGUUCCGCAACACCACGCUCUACAUCGACCAGGCCGAGGCCAAGUGGGUGGAGGUCAAGUCCAAGCGCAGGGACAUGACGGUCUUCAGCGGGCUCUUCGUCGGGGGGCUGCCCCCCGAACUGCGGGCCGCGGCGCUCAAGCUCACCCUGGCCUCGGUGAGGGAGCGCGAGCCCUUCAAGGGCUGGAUCCGCGACGUCAGGGUCAACUCGUCGCAGGCGCUGCCCGUGGACAGCGGCGAGGUCAAGCUGGACGACGAGCCGCCCAACAGCGGCGGGGGGAGCCCGUGCGAGGCGGGCGAUGAGGGCGAGGGCGGCGUGUGCCUCAACGGAGGCGUCUGCUCGGUGGUCGACGACCAGGCCGUGUGCGACUGCUCGAGGACCGGCUUCCGCGGCAAGGACUGCAGCCAAGAAGACAACAAUGUGGAAGGUCUGGCGCACCUGAUGAUGGGCGACCAAGGUAAAAGUAAAGGAAAAGAAGAGUACAUUGCCACCUUCAAGGGAUCUGAAUACUUCUGCUACGACCUGUCACAAAACCCCAUUCAAAGCAGCAGUGACGAAAUAACCCUGUCCUUUAAAACUCUUCAGAGGAAUGGACUCAUGCUUCACACAGGGAAAUCGGCUGAUUAUGUCAAUCUCGCCUUGAAAAAUGGAGCUGUCUCUCUGGUCAUUAAUUUGGGAUCAGGGGCCUUUGAAGCGCUCGUGGAGCCUGUGAAUGGAAAGUUUAAUGAUAAUGCCUGGCAUGAUGUGAAAGUCACCAGGAAUCUGCGUCAGCACUCAGGCAUUGGACACGCUAUGGUGACAAUAUCAGUGGAUGGGAUUCUUACCACAACGGGCUACACGCAAGAAGACUACACUAUGCUGGGCUCCGAUGACUUUUUCUAUGUUGGAGGCAGUCCCAGCACAGCCGACCUGCCGGGGUCCCCAGUCAGUAACAACUUUAUGGGCUGUCUCAAAGAGGUUGUAUAUAAAAAUAAUGACGUAAGGCUGGAGUUAUCUCGACUUGCCAAGCAGGGAGAUCCUAAGAUGAAGAUUCAUGGAGUGGUGGCAUUUAAGUGUGAAAAUGUGGCAACCUUAGACCCAAUAACUUUUGAAACCCCAGAAUCUUUCAUUUCUUUGCCUAAAUGGAAUGCAAAGAAAACAGGCUCAAUAUCAUUUGAUUUCCGUACAACGGAGCCAAAUGGACUCAUCUUGUUUAGCCAUGGAAAGCCAAGACAUCAAAAGGAUGCCAAGCACCCACAGAUGAUUAAAGUUGACUUUUUUGCUAUUGAAAUGCUGGACGGUCACCUGUACCUCCUCUUAGACAUGGGGUCGGGUACUAUCAAAAUAAAAGCCCUGCAGAAGAAAGUGAAUGAUGGAGAAUGGUAUCACGUGGAUUUCCAGCGGGAUGGACGGUCAGGUACCAUUUCUGUCAACACACUGCGCACUCCUUACACGGCUCCUGGUGAGAGUGAGAUCCUGGACCUAGAUGAUGAGCUGUAUCUGGGUGGCUUGCCAGAAAAUAAGGCUGGCCUUGUCUUCCCCACCGAGGUGUGGACGGCUCUGCUCAACUAUGGCUACGUGGGCUGCAUCCGGGAUCUGUUCAUUGAUGGCCAGAGCAAAGACAUCCGGCAGAUGGCGGAAAUUCAGAGUACUGCUGGAGUGAAGCCAUCCUGCUCGAGGGAGACAGCAAAACCGUGCCUUAGCAAUCCUUGCAAAAACAAUGGCAUGUGCAGGGAUGGCUGGAAUAGAUAUGUCUGCGAUUGCUCGGGAACGGGAUAUCUCGGCAGGUCCUGUGAGAGAGAGGCAACAGUUUUGAGCUAUGAUGGGAGUAUGUUCAUGAAAAUUCAGCUACCAGUGGUGAUGCACACCGAGGCCGAGGAUGUGUCUUUACGGUUCAGAUCCCAGCGUGCAUAUGGUAUUCUGAUGGCGACCACUUCCAGAGACUCCGCAGACACCCUUCGACUGGAGCUAGAUGCAGGGCGUGUGAAACUCACGGUCAAUCUAGAUUGUAUCAGGAUUAACUGUAAUUCCAGCAAAGGUCCUGAGACCCUUUUUGCCGGCUAUAACCUCAAUGAUAACGAAUGGCACACAGUGCGUGUGGUUCGUCGAGGAAAAAGCUUAAAACUGACAGUGGAUGAUCAACAAGCCAUGACAGGCCAAAUGGCAGGCGACCACACAAGGCUGGAGUUUCAUAACAUAGAGACUGGCAUCAUAACAGAACGACGGUAUCUUUCUUCUGUCCCCUCCAACUUCAUUGGACACCUGCAAAGCCUGACAUUUAAUGGGAUGGCGUACAUAGACUUGUGCAAAAAUGGUGAUAUAGAUUACUGUGAGCUCAACGCCAGAUUUGGCUUCAGGAACAUCAUUGCCGAUCCCGUCACCUUCAAGACCAAAUCGAGCUAUGUUGCCUUAGCUACAUUGCAAGCCUACACGUCUAUGCAUCUCUUUUUCCAGUUCAAGACCACAUCCCUAGAUGGACUAAUCCUAUAUAACAGUGGGGAUGGAAAUGACUUUAUUGUGGUUGAAUUAGUUAAAGGGUACUUACAUUAUGUGUUUGACUUGGGAAAUGGUGCUAACCUCAUCAAAGGGAGCUCAAAUAAACCACUCAACGACAAUCAGUGGCACAAUGUGAUGAUUUCAAGGGACACCAGCAAUCUCCACACUGUAAAAAUUGACACGAAAAUCACAACGCAAAUCACAGCAGGAGCCAGAAACUUAGACCUCAAGAGUGACUUGUACAUUGGAGGAGUGGCUAAAGAAACGUACAAAUCCUUGCCAAAACUCGUCCACGCCAAGGAAGGCUUUCAAGGCUGCCUGGCUUCUGUGGACUUAAAUGGCCGGCUUCCAGAUCUCAUCUCGGAUGCUCUUUUCUGCAACGGGCAAAUUGAGAGAGGAUGUGAAGGGCCCAGCACGACCUGCCAAGAAGACUCAUGUUCGAAUCAAGGAGUGUGCUUGCAGCAAUGGGAUGGUUUCAGCUGUGACUGUAGUAUGACUUCCUUCAGUGGGCCGCUCUGCAAUGAUCCUGGGACAACGUAUAUCUUUAGCAAAGGUGGUGGACAGAUCACGUAUAAGUGGCCUCCUAAUGACCGACCCAGUACACGAGCAGACAGGCUGGCCAUAGGGUUUAGCACUGUUCAGAAGGAAGCAGUGUUGGUGCGAGUGGACAGUUCCUCAGGACUGGGUGACUAUCUUGAACUGCACAUACACCAAGGAAAAAUUGGAGUUAAGUUUAAUGUUGGGACCGAUGACAUCGCCAUUGAAGAAUCCAAUGCAAUCAUUAAUGAUGGGAAAUACCAUGUCGUGCGUUUCACGAGGAGUGGUGGUAAUGCCACGUUACAGGUGGACAGCUGGCCCGUCAUCGAGCGCUACCCUGCAGGAAACAAUGAUAACGAGCGCCUGGCGAUUGCUAGACAGCGAAUUCCAUAUCGACUUGGUCGAGUAGUUGAUGAAUGGCUACUCGACAAAGGGCGUCAGCUCACAAUCUUCAAUAGCCAAGCCACCAUAAUAAUUGGCGGGAAAGAACAGGGCCAGCCCUUCCAGGGCCAGCUCUCUGGGCUUUACUACAAUGGCUUGAAAGUUCUGAAUAUGGCAGCAGAGAAUGAUGCCAACAUCGCCAUAGUGGGAAAUGUGAGGCUGGUUGGUGAAGUGCCUUCCUCUAUGACAACUGAGUCGACAGCCACUGCCAUGCAGUCCGAGAUGUCCACCUCAAUCAUGGAGACCACCACAACCCUGGCUACCAGCACAGCGAGAAGAGGAAAGCCCCCCACGAAAGAGCCUGUCAGCCAGACCACAGAUGACAUCCUUGUGGCCUCAGCAGAGUGUCCCAGCGAUGACGAGGAUAUUGACCCCUGUGAGCCGAGCUCAGGUGGGUUAGCCAACCCCACCCGAGUGGGUGGCCGCGAACCAUACCCAGGCUCUGCAGAGGUGAUCCGGGAAUCCAGCAGUACCACUGGUAUGGUGGUGGGGAUCGUCGCUGCUGCCGCUCUGUGCAUCCUAAUCCUCCUCUACGCCAUGUACAAGUACAGAAACCGGGAUGAAGGGUCGUACCACGUGGAUGAGAGUCGAAACUACAUCAGUAACUCAGCACAGUCCAAUGGGGCUGUGGUCAAGGAGAAACAGCCCAGCAGCGCCAAAAGCGCCAACAAAAACAAGAAAAACAAGGAUAAAGAGUAUUAUGUCUGAUCCCAAGAUUCGAGAAAGACACUUGUAUAGAAAUAGUCUUCAUUUUAUCUGAGACAUAAUAUAAACUUAUUUACUUUCCUUUUUAUGAAGCACACACAAAAGAAGACAGGGAAUGCAAUCAGGAGGGAAAACUCUUUUUAAAAAAAAAACAAGCAAACAAGUAUCUCAUGCUCUUGUUUCUCAAAAAACAAAAACAAAAAAAUGAAAGAGAGAAGAAAGGAAGGAAAAAAUUCUAAAACAAAAACCAAACAAACAAACAAAAAAAACAGGGGCCAAUAAAUUCCCUAACAUCCGCAGUGUUUUCAUUUACUCUGCCUGUCUUUAUGUUGCUGGAGCAUUCUAAAAGACGGUGAGGACCGCACGCAUUCAUAAAGCAAAGGAGUAUUACAUCGAGGCACAACACAAAACCAACACAAAACACAACACACACAAAGAAGCUACCUAUGAUCCUGGAUUCAGCCAAAGUGCUAGCGCUGUCCUGAGAAGCCAGUGGGUCGGAGUGCCAGAGGAGAACGUCCGUUUGUGGGACCAUCUGCAGAUCACGAGGAGUUGGCCAGCUGGUGCGAUGGGAGCAGGGGUUGGAAGCUGCAUUUGAGACAGAGUACUGGCUUUUUUGAAGACCUGUGUAGGAACGCAUUCUAAAAGCCCCUUUCUGUUUGUAAGAGAAUAAUAAAAUAAAAGUAUGGAGGCCUUAUUUUCAAAAAAAAAAAAUGGGAAAUAUAAGGCACAAUUUCACACUAAAAUUUCAAAACGAAAACGAGAGGGCAUAGAUGCAAUCAUUGGGAAAUUUUCAUGCACGCUUACUAUGUUAUUACAUAUGUUUAUAUAAAACCCAUCUCUGUGUGCUUUCUGGACUGUGAUAAGUGACGUUUUAUAGCCUGUUGUAUAGAAAAUGCAAACUAUAUCUCUGCUCUUCAGCCAUUUUUGGUAAAUUCAAUGUUAUAAGUGUUGCUAAGUAUAGGGAGUUUUAUGACAUCAGAGCAACAAUUAUUUCAGACAGAUUUUUUUGCCACCAUUAUAAAUUGCCACAAUUACUUACUUUUUUAAACAAAAAUUACAGUGUAGUGUUUAUUCUAAGAAAGAUAUGUAUGAAUGUAUAUAAAGAGACUCAGCUACUUCUUUUCUUACAUGUAUAGCCUUCAUUCUGUUACAUUAAGUUUUAGUAUUUGUAUGAAAGGUGUGAAUUAGAAGGUAAAAUAUAUACCUAAGUAUCAUAUAAUCCUUUCUCUCCCCCAAAUACUCAUUUCGAUAUAUGUUCAACAUUCACAGUUACACACACACACACACAUAACACACACACACACACACACACACACACACACACACACACACACACACAUAUUCAGGCAGCCAUCAGAUAGGAUGGAACACCAAAACACACAAAUACUGACAAAUUGAAAAGUGCAAAGGAAGACAGUUGUGCCAAGGUAUUAUGACAAAUGAGUGAUUUGCUUCAUUGAGAUCCUGAUUCUAGGAAACCUCAAGUUCUUAGUCCAUAGUAAAAUGGAACCUUUUUUUUUUUUUUUAAUGAAAUAGAAUAUCACCAUAUACGGCUGCAUAAAUAUGCAUCACCCUACAGGCGGGUUACGAAAAAAACGUUGGUGAAUUCUGGCUGCUGCAAUGGAAAACUCUGUUUCCCGUACAAUUAUAUAUAUAUAUAUAUUCUCUGAACAUGAUGUGCGUGGUCAAGCUUUAUGGAAAGUAAGCAUUUUCUCAACUAAAAAAGUAUUCUCAGUGAUUUUUGAUUCUGUAUUACCACCCAUUAAAAUCAAUCUCUAUUUGUUGGCUAUUGACUAAAUUUUAACUUUUCUGGUUUUACAUCAUUAUCAUUAAGCAUAGUUUUAGUUUAACAUACAUUGUGUAGUAGUGAAGUAUAGGUUAUACACUUGUUUUGCACAUUGUUUCAAUGAUGUUCAUAGCAAUAAAUUAUCAAUGUGAGAAGAUAAUUCUAAGGCUGCAGGGUGAUGCUUCUGCAAAAAAUUGGUCACAUGACAUAAACAUCUCCCAAAAGUAUGAUACUAGGUUUCAUAAAUGAGAAGGAUACCAUUAUAAUCAGCUUUAAUCAGCAAGGCAAAAAAAAAAUGCAAAACACUUUUUGUGAUAGUAAGUUGAUGAAAAAUAUGCCAAGAAGUGGCCUGGAUUUCAGACAUAACAGUACCUUAGAAAUAUGUAUAUAUCACAACAAAUCAUGACAAACUAAAGCUGCCAAGUAAUUGUGUAAGAAGCCGUGAAGGCUUUUCAUCACAUGGAAAAUAGAUGGCAUAAAACGAAAAUUUAAUACCCAUUACUUCUGUUCAUGGCUUCAUAUAUUUUUAAUUUGCCAGGUUAAAAAAAAAAAAACUCGCAAGUCUUUUCCCCCCUACCCCUCUCAUUCAGUCUUACUCAGGGAAAGCCAGAGAAAUAAAAAGGAACAUAGAACCACUAAUUUAAAGCUUAAAGUAUAUAUGUAUAUAUACUUUAAAGUAUAUACAUAUAUAUGUUAGCUUUUCCAUUUUAUCUGUUUAACUCAAACUAAUUUCAUCUGGAAGGAUUCUAAAAGGUGAUGGAAAAAUACAUUGCAGUGUUUUAAAAUGGUCUAUCUGGGAGAUUUGCUGUUUGUCAUUGAUUUCAUUAUGUCCUCCCAGUAUAAAUUUAAAACUUUCAUACAUUGAUAGAAACUGUAUUUAAUUUUAUUGACCUCCACAAAAUCUAGCAGGUUUUCCCCCCCUGAAUGGAGAAGGAAAGGACAGGAUUAUGAGUUUUUGAAGGAGAUAGACUUGAAUACAAUCCAAGUAUCUUUAUACUAAACAUAUCAGGGUCCGUGUGUCAUUUCCGGUUCAGAGAAGAUUUCACACUACCUGGCAUAAACUGAUUAUAUCUCUCGAUUGUAACUUUUCUGAUUGAGUAUGCUUCUUUUUUAUCCAUGUAAUGUGUUGCCUUUUUGAAAAACGAUGAUUACAAUAAUGUGUGAGGUGGUACAUCCCUAAGAUGUCAAAGAAAGGCCACUUUAAUCAUGCCCUUCUAGUGCUUUGAGUGACUGGGUAUCUGAGGGGUUUGUUCUGUUUUGUUUUCUGUUGCAAGGCCAAUUUAUCCAUUAUUGGAAAUGCUAAGCAAGUGGAAUUUACUGUUUUGUUAAUAAACUAUUUCUUAAUACAA